AUGAAGAAAGAACCCGACGAUGAGGUGGUCAUCGUUGGCUUUUCGAUUCAAGCUCCCGGUUGUGGGGAUAACAAAGAGUUUGCAGAGCUUGCUUGGAUGUCAAAGGAUCCAAUCGUAUCAAUCACCGAAAAACAUUCGCAUUUGUGGGAGAUUCAACAGCGAAAACCGGAGAUUCGAGCCGGAUUUGUCGAUCAAGCAACUGCCUUUGACAAUGAGUUCUUUGAGAUUCCUGAGUCAGAAGCACUUUCGAUGGAUCCACAUCAACGACUAGCCAUUGAACAAACUGUACUAGCUAUUCAACAUGCUGGGAUAAAGUUGAAUGAAAUUGCACAUUACGAGCCACUCAUCCUUGCCAGCAGUUGGGCUCAUGAUUUUGAGAGAUUACUCCCCGAUAUCGAUCAAUAUCAGCUCACAGGGAAUAUGGGGUCACUUGUGGCUGGAAGAAUCGCUCACCUUUUGAACGUCAAAGGUGGAGCUCUUGGAGUGGAGAGUGCUUGCAGUAGUGGACCAGCGGCGGUUCAUUUGGCGAGAAAUUUGAUGUUGACUGGACAAACGAAAAUGGUUAUCGUGAUCGGAACAAGUUUUCUUGGACCCAGCUCAUUCCUCUCAAUCGACGCGAAUGGUCUUCUCUCACCAAAUGGAGUGCUGAAAGCGUUUGAUAUGGAUGCAGAUGGUUAUGUGAGAUCCGAGGGAUUCUCAGCUCUCAUUCUAUCAACAAAACGAUUAGCUAAAGAAAAGAAUUGGAAAAUUUACGGAACGAUUUCUGGAAGCACCAUGAAUUCUGAUGGAUUAACGAAAUCGAUUGCCUCUCCAAGUCGGAGUGCUCAAAGGAAAUGCCAAGAAGAGUUGCUUGAAGAAGUUGAAUUAAUUUUCGAAAAAGGAGUCGAACAUUUGAUGAAAUGUGCAGAAAGAUUGAAAACAAGACUCGAAAAUAAAGAUUUAUCAAGAUCUCCAUUUAUUUUUGCUACCGACGGUUUACGACAUUUAAUCAGUCAAGAAGGAUCCGAUACAUUAUUGCAAGGAAAUCCAGCAAUCAUCAGUGGAAAGCUGGCGGCUGUUCUUGGAGUGAAAGGACUCGUUUCUGUCGUCGAUAACACUUGUACUUCAGUGCACGUGGCUCUAGAUGUUUGCAUGAAAGAAAUGGAGAAGCAAAAUAGCAACUAUGGAGUGAUAGCAGCUGCGAGAUUUGGCUCACCAAAGCAAAAUUUAGAAUUCUACGCACCAAUGACAAAAUCCUACGAUUCGGAUCGUGGCGGUUACUGUCCGCAAUCGGUUUUUGGAAUUAUUUUGCUGAAAAGAAGCGCAAAGAAACCGGUGGACAAGCUUUUGAUUAGCGAAAUUGAUUUGAGAUUCUCUGGAUCAACAAUGUCACCGAGUUAUAAAAUAAUAGAAAUAGUGAAGCCUUUGAGAAAAUCAGUGAGAUAUAUGGAAAUGCACGGAACGGGCACUCUAAUGGGCGACGAUUUCGAGACAAAGCUGGCCGUUGCUCGAUUGCAGGACCAAGCAACCAUUGUUGGCUCGAUUAAGUCCUCCGUUGGGCAUACUGAGGCAGCUUGUGGCUUGCUACAACUUGUGAAAUUGGUGAUUCUCUCAAGAAUGAGCCGAAUCCCACACCAAAUCCAUUUACAAUUGCCAUUGCCGGCUAUGAGAAAAGCGAUAAAUUUGAGGCUGCCAUUUGUUCAUGAAGAGAUCCCUGAAGUUUUUGAAUCCAGAGAAUCGCAAAUCGAUUUCGACUUUGCUGUGACUUGUUAUGGGCUAAGUGGCACGGUGUCACAGAUGAAUUUGAACAGUUUCAAGACUUUGAAAGCUCAGAAAAUCGUUCAGAAUCAAUAUUUCCUUUUCCCGAUCAUUAAUGAAACGGAUGAAGACGAAAUAUUCAACGAAAAGCUUUCUCAAGCACUUGAAAAAGGAGAUAUUGAGCUGAAGAUUGCACAAAAAAUUCUUUGCACGCGAAAAAUGAAAAAUGAAAUGAAAAACUGCGAAAGUUGUGAACGAAAGUUUACUGUGACAAACUCGAGACAAAUUUUGGGAAAAGAUCUAUCGGAAAAUCCGUUAAAUCCCAGUGUUAAUGCAAUUGUUUUUGAUCUAAGCGAUGAAGUGAUUUUGCUGGACUUUUGGAAGAAUUCUGAUCAAUUUAAGAAGUUCUUCAUUCACGCUAGCAAAAGAUUACCGCAAAGUAAAACCUCUUGGAUUGUCGCCGCGAGUUUUAGCAUUUCGAAAUUGACCCAGAGAAUUCUGAAAAGUCAAAUAUUUAGCGAAGGAGCUGCUUGGAUUGGUCAAUUUUUAGCGGAGACGGAAGAUUUUGAAAAAGCUUCAAAAUUCGUGCAAGUUUUCGGGAAAACAAGAACCCAGCUGAGGCAAUGGUUGAAUGAAAACAAAAGCUAUAAAAGCUUUGAAGAAGAAAUCUUGAAAAACUUUGCUAACAAAACAAAUCAACUGAUCAUUUGCUCAGAGAGAAAUGACUCUGAAGACUCUGAAGCGAUUUCUGGACGAUUUUUUAGAGAUUAUCUCCUUUUUCUUGGCUCACAAUUCGUUGAUGGGAAGGAUUUAAAUUGGAAAUUGUUGAAUAAGACAAAAGACUUGGCUGCAGAAGCAGAAAAAUGGCUGGACAUUUUGAAUGAUGACGAUUCAUCAACAAAAGAUUUCUUCUUAGGCAUUGAGGAUCAUUUGAUUCUUGGCGAAAACAUUGUGCCAGCUGUUGUUUGGCUGAGAUUACUGAUAGAGGAAUUCUCGGAUUACACGAAUAUUCAAAGUAUCACGAUCAAUAUGAAAUGCACGGCUAGUAAAGCUAGGGAUUUCUAUAUCGAUCGAGGGCAAAUCAUUGUCAACGCAGCUCCAGUCGUCUCGUAUGUUGUGGAAAAGCACGAAAGAGUUUCCGAAAGUAUCGUCGAUUUGGCGAAGACUAGCUUCAAGAAUUUGACACGAAAUACGGCGAAUCAAAUUUAUUCGAGCUUUUUGGGAUACGGAUAUCAGUAUGGAUGGGGAUACAAAGUGCUGGAAGAGGUCUCUUUCUCGGAAAACAGCUACGGGAUCUUUGCGCUAAAUAAUUUUGAGGUGAAUCGUGACAUUGCUCCCCUCGAGGCAGCCCUUCAAGCAGUCGUUUUCAGUGUUCUUUCCCAAAACGAUUUCACUCUCGUCUAUCCUUUCCAUUUUGAAGACAUUUCUCUUUUUGGAGAAAUCUCUUCAGCUACGAAAGGCUAUUUCAAUUACACAUUUAAAGGCGGAUUGCUAAGCUCAACGAUUUGUCUGUUAGAUGUUCACGGAAAGCUUGUGAUCUCAUUCCAAUGUUUAUUCAAAUCCGGGACACAAUCGCUGAAAUUUGCGAAACCAAUAAAGAAUUUGAAGCGGCAACACUCGAUUCAAAGCCGGAGUACAAAAUUGAUUGAAUUGAUUAAGAAAGAGAUUUUAUUAUUGGCUCCAAUGAUCCAAAUCAACAACGAUAUUGGUUUCUUUGAGAUGGGAUUGAACUCAUUGCUGAUCACAAAACUUGUCACGAGUUUAAAGAAAAUCGGUUUAUCAGUGGAUUUAGUCGAUCUUUUCAACUACACAACAAUUGCUGAGUUGGCUGAAUUUUUGGAUAGUACAAUAUCCGAUGAAAUUUUGCACGUGGAUGAAGACGAUGAGUUGAUUGACGAUUCUGAUGACUCAACCAUUACCGACACAAACUUUCAAUCGAUUGAAGACUUACAAGGAAAGCAAAAGGAUGAAAGCUUUGAGAUUUCCAUCGUAAGUUCAUCUUGUCGAUUGCCAGGAUCGAUAAAAGAUCCGCAAGAAUUCUGGGAGUCGCUUGUUAGUGGGAGGAAUUUCAACUCCAGAAUCCCAGCUUCAAGAAUUCCCACAAGAGACACUUUAAUUAAGGGAAAAAAGUAUGGAAAAUCGCUUGAAGGUGGGUAUUUUAUUAGCAACAUUAGAAGCUUUGACAACGAAUUCUUUGGGAUUUCAAAGAGUGAAGCUUCCGUAAUGGAUCCACAGCAAAGAAUCCUGCUCGAAUGUGUUUACGAGUGUCUUGAUCAAGGUCAAUCCUUAGCAAAUAAGAAAAUCGGUGUAUUCCUUGGAUUUAUGGGCACAGAGUAUCCAGAUUUAAUGCUGGAUCGGACUGACGCUUUGUCGAUGUUGAGCUCAGCAGCCUCGGUGCUCAGUGGACGGAUCAAUUACGUUUUUGGCCUCACUGGUCCUUCGGUAACAAUAGAUACAGCUUGUAGUUCUUCACUGAUUGCUGUUGAACAAGCUAUUGAAUCUUUAAAAGAAGAUAAAUGUGAGUAUGCUGUUGUUGCAGGCGUGAAUGUCAUUGUUACAGAAAGGGGAUUGGGACAAAGAGCAAAUGGGGGAAUGCUCUCACCGAAUGGAAUCUGUAAUACAUUUGAUUCGGAAGCGAAUGGAUAUGCGAGAGCUGACGGAUGUGUGGCUCUUUUGCUAUCCAAGACUCUUUUGCUAUCCAAUGGUGGCAUCAGGAUUCUUGAUGUUAAGUCAAACCAUUGUGGAAAGGGUGCUUCACUCACUUCUCCAAAUGGUACAGCUCAAAAGGAGUUGCUUAAAAAGAUUCUAGAUGGAAAGAUUCUAGAUGGAGAAGGAUGGAAGAAUUCUAGAAUUCUAGAAGGAGCUCAAACAGCUCAAAAGGAGUUGAUUGAGAUUUGGGAUUCGCACGGAACCGGGACAAAACUGGGAGAUCCAAUAGAAGUCAAUGUUUUAUCGGAGUUAUUGGAUAAAGCAAUGGUUUCUUCUGCAAAAACUUCAAUUGGACAUGGAGAAGCUGCAGCUGGAGCAACGGGUUUACUCAAAGCUUCUUUACAACUUGAACACCAAUAUUUACCUCCAACUCUGCAUUUCUCGAAUUUGAAUGGAUUGAUCAAGAUGGGAAAGCUGGCUAUUCCAGUGAUCGGUCAAGAAAUCGAAGCUUUAUUUGCUGGAAAAGCCAUUGCCUUAUUCUCCGAAAAAAUCAUCUCAAUUUCUAUUCUUGAUUUUAAAAUGAAGACUGAUGAUCAAUAUUUGCUAGAUUUUGAGCUAUACGAAGGACUGGAGAGGUGUGUUUUGGUGUGUGGAGUUCCAAAGAUUGGCCUAAAUUUCAUUGAUGAGCUCAAAAGUAAUGAAGUUCAAGAAAAAGAAGAAAAACGAGUAGAACCAAGGGCUAAAAUUGCUGUCAAAGCAAUUAACGAACUGACUAAAAUCAAGCAAAAGAUUUUGUCCCUUCUUGUUGAAGUGAUCCCGAAUGAGGUGGAGGUCACUGAUGAGCAGACAUUUCUCCACUUGGGAAUUGACUCUUUGGGAGUUGUUGACUUUGUGAAUCGUUUGAAUGAAGAAUUUCCAAGUCACGAAUUCUCAACAAAUGAUGUUUUUGAUCAAAAUACAGUUGGGGACUUUGUGAAGUUUGUGAUGGAAACAGUUGGAGUUAGAGGAGAAGUUGAAGAAGAAGUUGAUGAAGAAGUUGAUGAAGAAGUUCAAGAAGAGGUUCAAGAAGUUGAUGAAGAGGUUCAAGAAGUUGAUGAAGAGGUUCAAGAAGUUCAAGAAGUUCAAGAAGUUCAAGAAGAAGUUGAUGAAGAAGUUGAAGAAGAAGUUGAUGAAGAAGUUCAAGAAGUUCAAGAAGAAGUUGAUGAAGAAGUUGAAGAAGAAGUUGAUGAAGAGGUUCAAGAAGAAGUUCAAGAAGAAGUUGAUGAAGAAGUUGAUGAAGAAGUUGAAGAAGAAGUUGAUGAAGAGGUUCAAGAAGAAGUUGAUGAAGAGGUUCAAGAAGAAGUUCAAGAAGAAGUUGAUGAAGAAGUUGAAGAAGAAGUUGAUGAAGAAGUUGAUGAAGAGGUUCAAGAAGAAGUUGAAGAAGAAGUUGAAGGAGUUGAAGAAGAUGUUGAUGAAGAAAUUGAAGAAGUUCAAGAAGAAGUUGAGGAAGUUGAAGAAGAACAAGAGUUGACUUUGAAAAUCUCUCAAUUACCGUUUAAAAUUGAUGCCAUUGUUCAUAGCGCCGGUGUCACUAGAGACGCUCUAAUUCCCAUGCAAAACGAGAAGAAAUUCCUUGAAGUGUUUGAGCCAAAAGUUGUCUCAAUCAAGAAUCUAGAAAUUCUGGAGAAGAAACACAACUGGAAUUUGGAGUAUUUCAUUGUCAUGUCUUCUGUUGCGGCCACUUUGGGAAACAAAGGCCAACUCAACUAUUCUGUCAGCAAUUCGGUGGCUGAUUGGAUGAUGGCCGAGAGAAGACAGAGAAAUUUGAGUGGAUCGUCGAUAAAUUGGGGCAAUUGGUUGGAGACUGGGAUGGCCGUGUCGGUGAAUGAAAUGCUGGGGAAUUUGGGGUUCAAUGGCUUAAAAACGGUGGACUCUUUCGAGGCAUUUGAGUUAGUUUUGAGAGAAAAUUUGCCGAAACUUGUUGUUGCUGCGAUUGAUUGGGCGAAAGUGUACAAAAAUCGAGUGGAUUUAAGGGAUGAACGAGUUUUUGAUGAACAAGGAGUGCUGGAUUUGGGUGAUCCGAAAGAAAAUGAACGUCGCUGCAAUGAGCUGAAUAAAAAUCGACUGGAUUUGAGGGAUGAACAAGAUUUUAGUGAUCCAGGAUUGACUGCUACUUUCAUGGACCCACAACAGAGACUUCUUCUGGAAGGAGUCUAUGAAGUGAUUCAAACGAGUGCUUUCAAGUUACCGAAUAGAACUGGUAUUUUCAUUGGCUGUGGUCCUUCAGAGUUUAGCCAAAAAGCUCUCUUGGAAAUUUCGGAGCGACCACCUGGUUUAACCACCGGAACACAUCCAAGUGCUUUAGCUGGAAGAAUUGCUCAUUGGCUAAAAGUUCAAGGCCCGGCGGAAUCAAUUGACACAGCUUGUUCAUCUUCGAUGGUGGCGCUGGAGCAUGCUUGUCGAGCAAUCAACUCUGGUUCUUGUGAGGCUGCCAUCGUUGGAGGCACAAAUCUGAUCCUCCAUGAUCACAACACUCAAACACUGCGCAAUGCAAAGAUGCUCUCCGCAACGCAUUGUCGUCCAUUCGAUGCCUCAACCGAUGGAUACACAAGAAGCGAAGCAAUUGUAGUGAUUUUGCUAGGAAAACUCGAGCAUGUCACUCAAUCGCUAGCAAUUCUAGAAUCAAUCAAAAUUGGGCACAGUGGAGCAUCAUCUGCACUCACAGUUCCCAAAACUUCUGCACAAAUGGGACUAAUGAAAGAGCUGGGAAAUGAUGGUUCCACGAUUUCUACAGUUGAUCUUGUAGAAUGCCAUAUGACAGGCACAACUCUGGGCGAUCCAAUCGAAUUAGAAGCCGUGCAAAGCGUGCACUCAAAAGAUAUCCAGCUAACCGGAGCCAAGGCUCUCUUCGGGCACACUGAGCCAGCCGCCGGAUUAUUGUCUCUUGUAACAGUAGCUGAAAAGUUUAAAGAAAUCAUUGUCCUUUCCUCAAUUGCCGCUGUUCAAGGAUCAUUUGGCCAAUUAGCGUACAGCUUUGCGAACGGAAUGAUGUCAAGGAUUGGAGAAAGAUCCGGUCAAAAUGUGAGGAUUUUCCAUCUUGGACCAAUUGAAGACGUUGGAAUGCUUUCUGGAGAAGCUUUGGCACCAAUUCGAAGACAAAUCAAAGAGAAUGGAUGGGAGUUUUUGAGAUCCGAAGAAGUGAUCUGGUCCUUUAUCACAGAAAUCACUGGAAUUGAACGAUCAACAGACAAAAAUAACAUUGGAUUUAUGACUCUGGGAAUCGAUUCUUUAAUGAUUGAGGAACUCCGAGAGAAGUGUCAAUCGAAAUUUGAUCUCAAAAUUGACCCUAUUGACAUCUUUGACAAUCCAACAGUGAAUGGGCUUUGUGAAAUUAUAAAACCGAUUCUGGUUGAUCGAUUGAAGAAAAUCAAUGAACAAUCUGUUGAGGAAGGUACUGAGAACUUGAAUUUUGUGGAAGAAGAGCCGGAAAGCUUAAACGCCGAUCAAAUAGCAAUUAUUGGUUACUCAGGCUCGUUCAGUGGAUCUCGAGAUAUCGAUGAAUUUUGGGAAAAUCUGAGAAAUGGGAAAGAAAUGAUCAUAAGAGAGGAGUCGAAUUUGGAGAAUUUUGUGAUUGCUGGCGGAAUGACGCCCGGUUAUAAUGAGUUCGAUUUCGAAUUCUGGAACGUACCCAAAGAAGAAGCUGACUCAAUGGAUCCACAACUGCGAACAUUCCUUCAACACGCUUACAAAGCUUUGGAAAGCUCUGGAUUGAUAAGAGAACGGCAGUCAUUGAAUAUUGGUGUUUAUGCUGGUGCUGAGCCGUCUGACUACUUUGAUGCAUCGGAAGAAGCAGAGGGAAGCUUGGUGAAAAUGUUCCGUCAGAAUAUGAAGGACUUUCUAGCGACUUGGACCGCUUACAAUCUGAAUCUAAAUGGACCAGCGAUUGGGAUUUAUUCAGCUUGUUCUACUUUUUAUUCAGCUAUUCAUCAAGCAGCAAUGGGUUUAAAGACUGGUUCAAUAGAUGUGGCUCUUGUUGGAGCCGCGUCUCUAGCUUUACCUGAAGAUUUUGGCUAUGAAUAUCAGCCGGGAAUGUCUAAAGUCCGUGGAAUCAUUCGAUCAAUCGGAAUCUCAAAUGAUGGAUCAAACAAGGCGAGUUUCAUGGCUCCAAAUUCUUUUGGACAAGAACUUUGCAUAAAGAAGGCUUUGGAAAACUUGAGUGACAAGGAAAUCGAUCGAAUUCGAAUUGUUGAAUGUCAUGGAACUGGGACAAAGAUCGGUGAUGCAAUGGAGUUGAAAGCGAUGAGAAAACUAUAUGGACAAAGAGAGAUUCUGAUUGGCUCAGUGAAAGCAAAUGUUGGGCAUGGUUUUGCCGGAGCUGGAUUUGCAUCGUUAGUCAAAAUAUUGAAAGUUUUAGAAACUGGUGAAGUGGUGCCGCAAAUCAAUUGUAAACCAAACAAGGAACUAGGGAAAAUGAGAAUUCCCGUGAAAACGGAAUAUCUUGAGAAAGGAAGUCUUGCAGCUUCGAGCUCUUUUGGAAUCGGUGGAACGAAUGUUCACCUUGUUCUUGAAGGACCAUUUGAAUCGAAAAACCACUCAAUUCUCAAGAAAUCCUCUCAAGGAAUUCACAUUCUACCAAUCUCAGCAAAAUCUCCAGAAUCCUGUGUUCUUAUGGCUAAAGCUUUGGCUAAAUAUUUGCAAAAAGAAAACGCUGAUUUGGCAACAAUUGCUUCAACUCUUCAAUUUAAAAGAGAAACCUUUGACUAUAGGAUUUCAAUAUUUGCCGAAAUUAAUGAAGAAGCAAUAGAAAAAUUGAAUAGAAUCACGGAAAAUGAUGUCAGAUUGGCAAAAUCGAUUGCCAAUUCCGAAAUCGCUUUUCUUUUCGCACCACAAGGAGUUCAGAGAAAGGAUAUGCUGUUAAGAGACUUCAAAAAUAACCAGCUAGAAUUCUCGGCAAAGCUAUCAGAGUCGAUUUCAACGUGUGAUGAGGUGUUUGGAAUGGAUUUCAAAGAAGUCUUCUACCCAACUUCUGAUAACAAGCUAAUUGAUGAGACAAAAUACUCGCAAGUUGCUCUGUUCACCCUUGAAAUGGCCAUUGCUGCUCAAUUGAAGGAAUGGGGAAUCGAAGCGGAUCUCAUUGCUGGCCACAGUCUUGGAGAAUACUCGGCUCUCACAUUUGCAAAUUGUCUCAAUGAAAGGGAAAUGAUCGAUUUCUUGAAGAAACGCGGAGAACUCUGUCAAACGACUUCUGAAGCAAGAAUGUUAGCAGUAAAGGGAAAGUUUGAGUUGCCUGAUGGCGCUGAGAUCUCAGCUUAUCUCGAUGAAGAUUUCUAUUGUAUCGUUGGACCACCAAAUGUUAUGAAUUCUUUUGAAGAAGCUUUAAAUAAUCAAAAAAUCGAUUUCAAGAAGAUUCGAACACAGCACGGAUUUCAUUCUUACAUGCUAGAGCUCAAUUUCGACAAGCGAUGGAGUGAAAGCUUUUCUGAGAGCCUGGGAUUUGGAUGGUUGUGUAGCGAAUUCACUGUAAUGGUAGCCGCUUUGGCGUUGACUUUGAGAAGAUGGCAAGACGAGGAUGGAGCUGAGAAAGUUAUCAUUGGAAGUCCGGUCUCUGGAAGAAAAGAAAAAGAAAUGCAGAAUGUAAUUGGAUACUUUUUAAAUAAUAUUGUCAUCUCGAUUGAUGUGAGUUCACAAGAAACUCUAGAAAAUGUGAUCCCGAAAGCUAAAGAAGCUGUAGCAAAAGCGAUGAAAGCUCAACAAAUCCCUUUUCAUGUUUUAGUUCAAAAGCUCAACGUUCCAAGAUCAGGAAGACAUCCGUUGUUUAAUGUUUACUUCAAUUUCAGGCAUCAACUCGAUUUCCCGAGAGUCUCCAUCGAGAACACCGAAUGCCCGGUUGAGCACAAUUCGAUGAAUUCGGUCUUUGAUCUCUCGUUGACAAUAGAUGAUACACAAAAUGGAUAUCGUUUGAUGAUUGAGCACAAUGUGUCAGCUCAUCCAGAUGCAAUGAUUGAAGAAUUCAGAAAGGAUUAUUUUAAAGCAAUCAUGGGCACACAAAGAUCAGCUGAUUUUGUAAAGUUUAAUGGUGAAAGAAAGGAAUUCCCAAGUCUUGUUCCAAAAAACAUUGAGCCCAAAGUUCGACAAGUUUUCCCAAAGUCUACCCCUCAAGACCUUCUCUAUAUAAUUCAUACAAGUGGAUCCACCGGCAUCCCCAAAGCUGUCCCAAUCUCAAACAAGAAUUACAUGGCUUUCAUCACUGAUGCGACAAGACAAGUACUAUUAAGAGCUAAACAAAGAGUUCAUCAUUCGGUCAACACCGUUUUUGAUAUGAGCAAGUUGAACUAUUGGGGAACAUGGCUGAAUGGAGGGACCCUAAUUAGCGAGGAAACCAUUCUCAACUGCUCGAUCUCUGCCUCAAAAGGCGAUUCGGAUUUCCUAUUCCUUCCGUCAGCUGUCUACAACUCUUUGCCAGAUCAAAUUCUAGAUGAAAUUUCGCAUAAAGUCGAGAUUCUGGUAGCUGGCGGCGAAUCAAUCUCUGAUUUUCGACUGGAGAAGUCAAUUGAGCAAAGGCCAAAACUUCUACCAAAUCUAUGGCCCAUC